AUGGCGGGGGCCUGCCCCACAAGUUUCUCGCCCCCAACAACAAAAUUUCCAUGCUCCAUACAAUCUACGUCCCCGGACAAACUAACGAGAGAACAAGGUCGAAAAGAAAAUUUUACCCCAAUUGGGGAAUCGUAUACGAGUUUGUUAUGGAAAUUAAUACAAUUGAGAGUGGUUGAACCUGUCAAUCCGUACGUUGUCAAUCCAAAUGCAAGAGGUUUUUAUCUAACUGUUAUAUGUGAGUAUCACGCCAACGCUCCAGGUCAUAGCACAGAGAAUUGUUGGACCCUAAAAAGAGUCAUUGAGAAGUUAAUCGAGGAUAAGCUAAUCGAGGUACGCAAUGAGGAAGCACCGAAUGUCACCAAUAACCCACUUCCUGCUCAUAAUAAUGAGCGUGUUGUAGGGAUGGUUGACAUUUUUGAAGAUUAUGAGCAAACAAGUAGAACAAAAGUGGAAAGCAAGGUUUCAAAAGAAGAGUCUAGUAUGGUUUUAGAACCCAUACAAAGGGCACCGAUAAUUAUUAAAGGUGCAAGUUCAAAUUUUGGGAACUCGAGGAAGCUAGUGUUGUAUGUCCCUGAAUCUAUAAAAAGAGUAGACGUACCGUUGAAUGGACAAAAAUUCUAUAUUCCUGGUAAAUUUUCAACGUUUAAUCAAAAUCAAGAAAGUAUGAAAGAGCCAGCUGUGAUACAAAUUACAGCACAACUUCCGAUCACAAACACCAAGGCCGUUCCGUGGAACUACAACAAAGUCGUCAUUACUCACAUGGGAAAGGAGAUUGUCGAAGAAACAAAUGAAACAAGAGGCUUAACUCGUUCCGGAAGAUGUUAUGCUCCGGAAGAAUUAAGGAGGGACAAACAAAUCAAAGAAAAUCAGUUGCCGAUGAAAAAACCAGUCACUGAGGAAGAUGCUGAAGAGUUUCUGAAAAAGAUGAAAGCUCAAGAUUAUUCUGUUAUAGAUCAGUUGAGGAAAAUGCCUGCUCAAGUCUCUUUAUUGUCAUUACUCAUACAUUCUAAAGAACAUCGUGAAGUGUUGACCAGAAUUUUGAAUGAGGCACAUAUAUCAGAAAAUAUUACAGUAGGUCACUUCGAAAAAAUGGUCAAUCAAAUUUUUGAGGUAAAUAGAAUCACUUUCAAUGAUGAUGAAUUACCCUUGGAAGGAUCUGGACAUAAUAGGGCUCUACAUUUAACCGUGAAAUGUGAAGAACACUAUGUGAAGAGAGUCAUGGUCGAUGGAGGAUCAGGUGUAGACAUAUGCCCUCUUUCCACUCUACAAAGCUUGAAAAUCAACACUGAUAGGAUUCUUACUAACAAUGUUUGUGUACGGGCAUUUGAUGGUGCAAAACGGGAUAUUCUUGGUGAAAUAUACUUAAUUGUUACAAUUGGACCAGCGGAGUUUGGAAUCACUUUCCAAGUUAUAGACAUGGACACAUCUUACAAUCUGCUUUUGGGUAGGCCAUGGAUCCACAUGGCUAGAGCUGUGCCAUCUACUCUACACCAAGUGGUCAAGUUUGAACAUGACAAACAAGAAAUCAUUGUCCAUGGUGAAGAUGAUCUCCCAAUCACCCGAGAUCCUUCAAUACCAUGCAUUGAGGCUAAAAGAGGUUGUGAAUCCCUCAACUAUCAGGCUUUGGAGAUAAUAACGGUUAAUCAGUUCUUAGAAGGAAAUCCUAUCCUCCAACCUCGUCUGUCCUCUACUUCAGUCAUGGUGGUGGCUCAAAUGGUACAAAACGGCUAUGAACCCGGAAAGGGGUUAGGUUUGUCGUUGCAAGGAAUUUUGAAUCCUAUCAGUCCAAUAGGUGAUAAAGAUACAUUCGGUUUGGGUUUCAAUCCAACUAGAUUUGAUAGAAAAUGGGCAAAAGAUCGUAAAAGAAAUGCUUGGAAUCUGUCGAAGCCGAUCCCCCAUAUUGCUCAAUCUUUCAUUAAAUCUCAAGGUGAACCGUGUCCAGACUUACCAAUCCAAAUGAUGUGGAUUAAAUGUGUCAAGGUAUCAAGGAAAUGUUUUAAGAGUUACGUUAACUUUAAUAAUAUGACAUGCAUGCGGAGUUUACAAUUAGAUCCUAAAAAGUUCUCUGAUCUCAUAACAAUGAAUCCUAAGUCUAAGGAAUAUGAUGAAGAUGAAGCUGAUGAAGAAAUAAAAAGGGGUUUGGAUCAAUUUGAAAAUAAGCCUAAACCUAAUUUAAGUGAAACAGAGGUUUUUAAUUUGGGAACUCCCGAAGAAGUAAAAGAAAUAAAGAUAAGAAUUCAUGUCGAUCCAAAUAUUCGAGACGACAUAAUUCAAGUUUUAAUUGAAUACAAAGAUGUCUUCGCUUGGUCAUACGAAGACAUGCCGGGGUUAAGUGCUGAUUUGGUAGUUCAUAAACUUCCCAUACAUCCUGAUUUUCCACCUGUCCAGCAAAAGCAGAGAAAAUUUAAGACAGAUAUGAGCGAUAAAAUCAAAGAGGAAAUCAUGAAGCAACUGAAUGCAAAAGUGACCAGGGUCGUCCAAUACACUACUUGGUUGUCUAAUGUUGUGCCAGUAGCAAAAAAGGAUGGAAAGAUCAGAGUUUGUGUUGAUUAUCGAGAUUUAAACAAAGCAAGUCCAAAAGACAAUUUUCCACUACCCAACAUUCAUAUCUUGGUUGACAAUUGUGCUAAACACGAGAUUCAAUCUUUCAUGGACUGCUACGCCGGAUAUCACCAAAUUCUCAUGGAUGAAAAAGACACAGAAAAAAUUGCUUUCACUACCCCGUGGGGUACAUAUUGUUAUAGGAUCGUGCCAUUUGGUAUAAAAAAUGCAGGGCAACCUACAUGA